UUGUCAGAGGCAGCGAGCGGCUACACACCAAAACCUGUUUUCAGGAAGAUGGAUCUAAAGGACGACAAGCAGACCGUGUCACACAGCAGCCCUGUUUGUGUGCACAACCCACAUCUGGAUUCACUGAAAGAUGACAUUCUCUACCACUUCAGCCUGGGAACCGGCACUCAUGACCUACCUGCUAUGUUUGGUGAUGUCAAAUUUGUGUGUGUUGGAGGCAGUCCCUGGAGAAUGAAAGCAUUCAUUGAGUACAUUGCUGCUGAGCUCCGUAUGGAAGACCCCAAAUCAGAGUACCCAAAUAUCUGUGCUGGAACCGACCGCUAUGCCAUGUACAAAAUUGGCCCUGUACUCUCUGUCAGUCAUGGGAUGGGCAUCCCAUCUAUUGCCAUAAUGUUGCAUGAGCUGAUAAAGCUCCUCCAUCACGCACGCUGUACAGAUGUUACAAUCAUACGCAUUGGGACAUCAGGUGGAAUAGGGCUUGAACCUGGCACUGUUGUUGUCACCAAACAGUCUGUGGACGCCACCUUCCUGCCCAAGUUUGAGCAGGUGAUCCUGGGUAGGAUAGUGGUCCGUAAUACUGAUCUGGACCAAAGCCUGGCUGAGGAGCUGUUGCAGUGCAGCAAGGAGCUGAACCAGUUUAACACAGUGAUAGGCAACACCAUGUGUACACUGGAUUUCUACGAAGGCCAAGGCCGUUUGGAUGGUGCUUUCUGCUCCUACACUGAGAAAGAUAAACAGGAAUACCUCAGUAAAGCCAAUAAGGCAGGAAUCUGCAAUAUUGAAAUGGAGUCAUCUGUUUUUGCUGCCAUGUGCAAGUUGAGUGGCCUGCGAGCGGCUGUGGUGUGCGUAACAUUACUGGAUCGUCUGAAGGGGGAUCAGCUGAGCAGCUCUCAUGAAGUUCUUCACAAUUACCAACAACGUCCUCAGAUACUCGUUGGCCACUACAUCAAGAAGCAUUUGAAUGUGAAUACAGUACGUAGCUAAGUUCAGAGCAUCUUUUCGUGAACCCGAAAACAGAGUGCCCUGUUAGCCAAGUGGUUACAGCACAUGCCAUAUAUCCAAUGUCCCUGGUUCGAAGCUGGCAAGGGACCUUUGUUGCAUUUAGUACCUACUUCUCUCUCCCCAUGUUUACUGUUUGCCUCUCUGCCACUAAUUUACUGAUAAAGGCAAAAAAAACCAACAACAUUGAAAACAUGUAAAGCAAUAACACAGCUUUAAGCUAUUUUUAUACAUUCUUUUCUGCUGAGCUUUACCUUUAAUAUCUAGAAUCAUGACCAAAACACUGAAGUUAUACCGUGCCUGCUAUAUGUCCUUUAACACUGAUUUAAGAGACUAUUUCACCAUAAUUAUAAACCGUCACGCACUGUGCUUCUCUUCAUUUUCUCUUUCAUUCAACUGUAACAAUUUACUGAGCUUCAAAUAUAACACCAGCAGACUAUGGUCAUCAAAUCUGUCUUAUUUAAGGCUUUCUUUGUUUUUAUACAACAUGUAAAGCUACUUUUCUAUAAAACUUGAACCACAUCAUGACUUUUGAUCAGUCCAAACUUACAGCGGGUAAGAUAACAAAAGUCAUCUUAACUGUCAGUAAGUCUUUCUAGUUUCAUUCAAAUUUGUGUCCUUGUGAUUUUGGAAAACAGUAUAAAUAUGUACUAUAUCAUCUUGAGUAUUUUUUUAUGCUGAUUGUAUGUUUUGUUUUCAGGAUUAGGCUUCUGUAUUUAUUUUCUGGAAGUUUCAUUCACAACCUCAAAACCUCAAAAUGUCACUGCUUUUGAGAAAAAUAAAUUCCACUGGAUGUCUUGAUCAAUAAAGCUUUA